AUGAGGUUUGGUGGCCAGGUAUGGAGAGCUCCCAAGGCUGUCAACGACAUGGAUGAAUCUGACAAUCAGCAGGAAGCUCAACAUGAUGUGGUCGAUCUCUCGAAGGACGAGCCCAAAGUCAUCGCAUCACUCGUUCAAUACCUUUACUCCGGCGAGUACGACAACGACUUCUUCAGCGUCACGGAAAUUGAGCCUGGGACACCGCCCAGCGCCUCGGAGAUAAUCAUCACGCGAGGCCUAGGAGUCCACCCUGUCCACGGAUACCACUCGAACUGUAAAGCUUUCAUUUGCAAGACAUGCUGCAAGGCCCGAGGUCCACCUUCUCAACUCCUCGACCACUCAAAGAUGUACGCAAUCGCCGAUAAGUACGACGUCACUGGCCUCAAAGAGCUGGCCUGCAAAAGCUUCCGGCGUGCUUGCGGUUACUUCUGGAACUAUACCCAUUUCGCGAUUGCAGUCGAUCAUGUCUUCUCUUCCACUGUAUCCGAGGACACCGACUUGAGGAGCAUCAUCAUUCAGACCAUUUCUACGCAUAUGGCUAUUGUCAAGAAGCCAGAGAUACAGGCGUUGGUCUUGAAGCACGGUGAUCUGGCGAUCGGUAUACUGCUGAGGAAGAUGGGCUAG